AUGGGCGUGUUUAAGCUGCACAUAUACCUUACCCAGCCGUUUGGGAGCGAAGAUGUGAACAACAUCACGGUUCACUGUGGCCACGGUCCAGUAGAUCCCGUGUCUGGGCUGAAAACGUUGAGCAAAUUUGGCCGGCCGAGGUUUGGCAAGAUCCUCGGCGAGCUUCGGGAGGACUUGGUUGGCGAAGCGCGUGCGAGCAGUCGCGCCAGUCGGAGCAAGUCAAAAGUCAACGUUUACUAUUACGGGGUCUCGGGGGAUCCGGCAUCGCUUCGUUACGCGGACGACCUAAAAGAGGCGUGUACCCAGAUUUCGUGCAAGGAUGUUGUCAUGCGGUCUUGGGUGGACUAUGUCUAG